UAGCGAAGACCACUAUACAACAUUAAAAUUCAAGUAACUAGAGUAUCUCGUGUAGUCGAGCGAAAAAUCUUGUUUACUAUCGGCGCUCGAGUGAGCAAUACCAUACCCGUUACGACGUCGCAGCAUCCGAUGAAUAUUUUCGUCGACCGCAGCGAGUGAUUACAAAGCGACGAAAUAAGAAAAAAUGAGUCGCAAAAUAGUGUCCCGGUGCGUCGACCUCUUUCACGGAUCAGAGAUGAAGGAGAUGAGGAGUCUGCGUCGAGAGCUCGUCAAUAAUUGGGAGAUCGAGGACGAGCGAAAUAAACUUUUCGAGAAAUUUGGUAUCUUGAUCGGAGCCUGGCAGGGAUCGUUGCCCAAACUCCGGGACGUCUUCGAACGGGAAGAAAUCGAUUGGCUGCUCUCGGAGGAUUUGAGAAACUCCACGAUACAAGACGACGGAUUACGAUCGACCCCCAUCGUCGAUUUCGCGAUCAGCGCCGGCUACAGGGACGAACCCGCGCUAGAUCGAGACGGCGCGCCAAUUUUGCUUCGCACCACACCGCUGCAUCAUCUGGCCGGACGCCAACGCAGCCAGUGGGACGACGUGGCUUCCAAACUUUUUCGAAUCUACGACAGGUUCGAGGCGAAUUACGUGGACGUCGAGUCCGACCGCACGCAUUUCCACGUGGCCUGCGAAUUCGGAUGCGAAAAAGUCGUCGAGAAAUUCCUCGUGGCCGGCCGGGUGGAUCCCGACUGCCGGCUGCCGAGGACGGGCGAUCCCGCGCUGUACCUGGCUUUGAGGCGCGGCUGCCGGCAGGUGCUCGAGCUGUUGCUGCGCCACGGCGCGAAUCCAAAUCUGAGCGACGCGCAAGGAUCGACGCCUCUGCACCUGAUCGCUCGCUCGCGUGACAGAUUUUUCGGCUCCGAUCGUCUCGGCCUGAUGCGAGUGUUCUUCGAGAUCAGGCCGACUCUGGCCGUGCUCCAGCGCAAGAGCGAACAGCGGAGCAGUCACGGCAGUGUAGACUCGGAGUUCCCGGCGUGUCUCUUCGAGGCGUACGAGGAUCUGCGCUUCGCGCGCAUCAACGACCUGGACGGUGAGGGCAACAGCGCGCUGCACUUGGCUCUGCUGGCCGACGCGACCGACGAAGCGGCCGAGUUCCUGCUGCGCCGGGGCGCCGACCCGAACCUGGCCAAUCGCGGCUGGGGCUGGACGGCGCUGCACGUGCUGUGCGCGAGAGACCACUACAGCGAGAACCUGAGGACGUUCCUCGCGAUCUGCGACGAGAUUCGCCAGCCGGUGCAGCUCGAGGUUCGGGACAAUUUCGACCGGAGCCCGCUCGAGUGGGCCGUGUCGAACUGCUUGCCGGACGCCGUCGACGUGCUCUUGGAUCGCGGCGCCCAACUGACCAGCUUCGUUUUCCCCGCGGAGAGAUUCGCGCGCCGUACCACGCUGACGCACGCCUGGAGGCUCAGACUGGCCGGCGGCGCCUUGGCCUGCAUCGAGCGUCUCCAGAUAGCCGGCUACGACUUCCAGCAGGCCCAGAUCGUCAUGGACUUUUUCUGCAACCACGGCAUGAUCGAGAGAUCGAGGGUGGAAGGAGCGAGGGAUUGGUACAACGACGAGGACUUCGUGGCCGUGGCGCGGGCUUGCCCGAUCACGAGGAACCUGUCGCUCGACGACUUGAUUCGCUUGUCGGCCAACGAGGCGGCGGGUCGACUCGAGUUGGGCCACUACCGCGAGCUGGCGGAAUCCUGGAGACGCUGGGCAGUCCCCGACGGGCACGCCGAGGCUUGCGUGCGGCAUCUGUGCGAGAAGGCGUCGAGGCCGUUCUUCAGGCGUUGGGCGCUCUAUCCUUUCUGGUAUCUGAUGCACCAGAGGCUGCCGGUCGAGUUGUGCGAACGCAUCAUCGAGAAUCUGUCGAACGAAGAUUUUUAUGGUAUCGUCGUGGCUCAGAGUUUGCCGAAUAACGAUAGAUAAUUGUCGCAAUUGUAAUGUAUAUAAUUGUAUAUAUUGUGCAGAGCCCUCGUAUUAUUCGUACGAAUAAAUAUAAAAAAAAAACAGAUUUGAA